AAAGAAAUUAAAGAGUCGAAAUUUAAAAAACGGUUACUAUCACUCUAAACUGGCGUUCUGCAAAACAGACCAAACAAACAUCGUCUUAAAACACCCACACAACACAUCAUCUUCAUCUGGGUUAGCUUCAAUGGAGGUCUGUUCCCAAAUUAAUGGCUACAAACUCCUUCUUAAGGCGCUUAUUAUGAUACCCAUCUCGCAUUAUGUUGUGGGGCUGUUGUGUGUAUUGAUUAUUUUCUUGUACAAUUUCUUGGAGUUUCAUUUUCUUGAUCAUCUUUUUAAUGGAGGGUGUUGGGUUAAACUCACUUAUCUUCCGGGUUCGGAGCUCCAUCAAGCUGUUAUCUCCAAGUGCAAACUUCUUCAUGGCAGGUACUCUGCAACACCUUGGCUAGCUAGUCCACACUUGCAAACAAUACUUUUGCCUUAUGCAUGUAAACCUCCUGCCUUCACCUACAGAAGAGAAAUAUUUCACUCAUCUGAUGGUGGAAGUUUUGCUCUAGAUUGGCUACUGAGUUCAGAUGUUCUAGGAAGUUCAGCAAACAAGAAUGCUGAUAUUUCAAAGAACAGUACCACCCCGAUUGUGGUAGUGGUUCCGGGACUAACAAGUGAUUCCUCUGCUCCAUAUGUAAGGUCUCUUUCACUCGAUUCAGCUAAACAAGGAUGGAAUGUUGUGGUUUGUAAUCACCGAGGAAUGUGUGGUAUCUCAUUUACUUCUAGUUACUUCUACAAUGCUGGAAAGACUAAGGAUUUAAGAGACGUCCUCAACUAUCUAGUUGGCAGUUACCCCAUGGCUCCAAUAUUUCUCGUUGGAACUAGUAUUGGUGCCAACAUUGUGGGAAAAUAUCUUGGAGAAGAUGGGGAUAAAUGCCCAGUUGCUGGUGCUGCUGUUAUAUGCGGUCCAUGGGACCUUUUGAUUUGCUCCAGAUUCUUAGGACGGGGACUUGUCCAAAGGGUUUAUGACAGAGCUCUUGCUAUUGGACUCAAGAGUUAUGCACAAUUAAAUAAGGCCAACUACGUCAAAUAUGCUGAUUGGGAAGGCAUCUUAAAGUCGCGUAUUCUUCGGGAAUUUGAUACGAGUGCAACCUGCGCUGUUGACAAAAUUGAGACUGCGGACACUUACUACAGGUGGUCUAGCUGUGCUUCUUAUGUGAAAGGUGUAUCAGUCCCUCUACUCUCUAUAAGUUCUAUGGAUGAUCCAGUUUGUACUGCAGAAGCUAUACCUUGGGAUGAGUGCAGAGCAAAUAAAAACGUUGUUCUUGCUACCACAAAACAUGGUGGGCAUCUUGGAUAUUUUGAAGGAUUAACAGCAUCCAGCCUGUGGUGGGUGAGGACAGUCAAUGAAUUCUUUGGUGUUCUUCAUUCUAGUCCUCUUGUCCAUAAACAAAAGGUACAAUCACAUGAAGAGUGUACCUCCGAGAAUUCAAAAUCUAGUGACAGUACAUAGGAGAAUACAAAAGACGAGUGGAAAAAUAUGACUUGCAGAACGACUUGAAGUUCCAAGUGAAGAGACGCUGAAAGAUAACGUAGUAGAUAUGUGACAUUAAUGUUCUAUAAUCUUUGUCAGAGGAAGCUGGCAUGCUGGAAAUUGUCUUCCUAGUGUCGCUCCACCGUGAUAAAUUGACAGUUAUUAUUGCUCAACUGGUACAGAGGUGAAAGCCUCUCUUUAUAUUAAUAAACAGCAGUAUAGUGCUCAACUUAUAUUGGAGGAUUAUGAUAUGUACGCACUGCAUGUGUUGUAUAUAAUUCUCUUUAAGAAUUGUCAGUUUUUUCACC